UUGGUUUGCUAACCGCCAUAAAACGUAAAACAAGAAGACUGCCUUUGAGACCAUGUGGAAAAAUCAUAAGACCGCCUCUCAUCGCGAGCACUGACACACCACCAGCACAUCCAGUUUACAGUUAACGACACAGGCAGCGGAGGCGCGGCGUUUUUCUAGAUGACAGACGCAACGUAAACAUACGUCUUCCCCUUUAACACAGUAGCAUACACUCAUUGCUCUCGGGAAUCCUGGAGAAGAAAAAUGAGUGAUGAAGGAAUGUUAAUCUCACCGUCGGCUCUCGAGAAACCCGAAGAUGGAACGAAAACCGAAGACAUCAUUAUGGAUUUUAAGGAUGGGGAAGAUGAAUUGACUUUGGAGGAGAUUUUAACACUGUACAGUCAACCGAUCAAUGAGGAGCAGGCAUGGGCCGUGUGUUAUCAGUGCUGCAGGUGGUUAACGCAGAAACGGAGGCGGAAAGAGAGAUGUGUGAGUCCACCUGGACGCAUCAAGGGUCCUGAAGACGUGAGGAUCCGAAAGGACGGGACUGUUAAAUUAUAUCAACAGAGCAGUCAAGAUAAACACAUACCGCCCAGCACAUCAAUAGAGAUUAUCGAGUCUUUGGGUAUAAUGAUUUAUAAGGCUCUGGAUUAUGGACUAAAGGAGAAUGAGGAGAGAGAACUCAGCCCUCCUCUGGAGCAGCUCAUUGACCUCAUGACCAAUAUGGUGGACACGGAGUUGGACCCCUGUCCUGACGAGGGCUACGAGGCUACCGAAGAGGAGGAUGAGGGAGAGGAAGAACCCGCAGAUGUCUCCAACAUUCGAGGCUACAGUGACAUAAUAUCGCUUUGCACGUCUCACCUCCCCAGCCCGUCAGACGCUCCCAACCACUACCAGGCCGUAUGUCGGGCACUGUACACAGAGACCAAGGAGCUCCGCACCUUCCUGGAGAAGAUCAAGAGUGCCAAAGAGAAUUUGCGGCGAAUGGAAGGAGAAACUCCAGAGGAACCCGUCAGAGAUCUGAAUGAGCUGCAGAAUGCUGACUGGGCACGGUUCUGGGUGCAGGUAAUGAGAGACCUUAGACACGGCGUGAAACUAAAGAAGGUACAGGAGCGUCAGUACAACUUUCUGCCCUUUGAAUACCAGCUUACGCCUUAUGAGAUGCUCAUGGACGACAUCCGCUCCAAACGCUACAAACUACGCAAAGUCAUGGUGAAUGGUAAUAUUCCUCCGAGGUUAAAGAAGAGUGCUCACGAUAUCAUACUAGAGUUCAUUCGAUCCAGACCUCCACUGAAUCCUGUUUCUGCUCGUAAGCUGAAGCCUCAUCCUACAAGACCUCCAAGUCUUCAUGAGCGAAUCCUGGAAGAGAUCAGGUCGGAGAGAAAGCUCAGACCUGUCUCACCUGAUAUGAUCCGAAGGAGCAGGCUUGGCGCAGGCAAAAGCAUGAGCACUCCACAGGACUUGUUCCGAAGCUCAGACUUCCCUGAUGGACUCCGAAAGUUAGCCGUCAGCACUCUGUCUCUGGCCAAUGGCAUUUCACCAGCUCACAGCCCCAAUAUUGGCGUGGCCGUAGGGCAACCGGUUUCCCAGAGGAAGAGAUUGCUCAAGGCACCGAUGCUGGCCGAGCUGGAUAGCUCGGACUCUGAUGAGGACACAACCACUCGGAAGUCAGACAGCAGUUCCAGCCUAUCCACCUCAAUGUUGGAGGACACGUCUCCAGAGUCCGUCAUGGGCAAAAAGACUCCCCCUAAGUUCCUGCCCAUAUCCUCCACCCCUCAACCUGACAAGCGUAUCGCCCCACAGAGGAGACACUCCAUAGAGAAGGAAGCUCCCACCAGCGUUCGGCCAUUCCUUCCUCCAUCUCGCCAGAACUCCAAAUCUCUGCUGCGUUCCGACAACAAGGCUCGAGCAUUAGGCAGCGGUCGUGUGGAGGAAUUCUGUUACCCUGUUGAGUGUCUUACUCUGACUGUAGAGGAGGUGAUGCACAUCAGACAGGUUCUGGUUAAAGCAGAGCUGGAGAAAUUCCAGCAGUAUAAAGACAUCUAUAAUGCGCUAAAGAAAGGAAAGCUUUGCUUCUCAUGUCGGACGAAGAAGUUCUCCCUUUUCACCUGGUCCUACACCUGUCAGUUCUGUAGGAGGCCUGUUUGUUCACAGUGUUGUAAGAAGAUGAAGAUGCCUUCCAAGCCCCAUGCCAGCCUACCCAUCUCCUCUCUGGGCCCCAGCAUUUUGCCCAAAAAGGAUUCAGGAGCAUCAGCUAAAACAGAGAAGACCUUUUCUACAUCCGGCCACAACCGUAACAGCCUUCAUCGUACCACGUCCAGACUGUCCAAGCACGGUGAGCGCUCAUCCUCCAAAGACGAGCUGGAGCUGCCUGAGCAGUUCACUGAGGACUGGAGCACCAUGGAGGUCUGUGUGGACUGCAAGAAAUUCAUUAAUGACAUCAUCAGCAACAGCAGGCGCAACCUGUCCACCAAACGUGCCCGUCUGCAUCGCAGGACCCAUUCCGUCUACAUGUCCUCUACCAGUUCUUCCAACUACAAGCCAUCUGAACGGACUAUCAAAGAAGUUUAGGAUGAUAAUGACCCGUCUCUUAACCCCGCACUCAGUGACCGCUGUCUUAACAGAUCCAAAGUGCUUGGAACUAUAUUGGUGUGGUCUUAUUUUUAAAAUUUGCCCUGUUUAUACUGUUCUCACCUGUCACAAAUGCUUCAGUCCUGGUGGCCAGAAAAUCUACUGAAAGUGCCAUAGAGGGUUUUUGUUACAUAUGACAGUAUGGCCACUGUUAGUUUUGUCAUGUACCUUCAAUACAUCUCCUCUUCCAUUUAAAAAGUGCCAGAGGUGAAGGAAUAAAGCCGUUCCUCUUCUAGCAUGAGCCCUUAGGCACUAGCUUUCUCAGGAAAAAUAGGUUUCAUUUGUAAUCCAAGCUUUGGAAUGUGUAGUUUAAGACUUAAAACUUGUUUCAACUGGCCCUCUCCAUGGCAAAGAUGUACCUGGAUUAACACCGAAUGGUAUGAGGGUAAGAAAAGAGCUGUUUAGAGAUUAAUUAGUGUAAAAAACGAAGAAGAAAGAAACGUAAGGCUGCUUUGAGCACUACAAGGCCUGAAUGUACAUUUUUCAAUAUAGAAAACUGGAACUCUGCAGUUGUAUGUAAAUAUUAAGCUGAAUGAUCAGCCUAAAUGUUAUAGAUGUAAAUAGGCAUCCACUUCUGGUUUACUUUCUCAUCUUAGGAAGGACUUGUCCAUCGCUGGAAGACAAAGAGACACUGUAAUUAAUGCCGCAACAAUUCAAGAUUAAGUCUUACCAAAUGUUUUUCUUAUUGUUCGUUCAAACUGCUGCUGUGAUGGUAACAAUGUCCAAAUGAAUGAAACGUUUUAGAUAAUUACAGAGAGUCCUUACAGAUAUAUAUAUUUGUCUGUCUAAUGAGUGUUUUUGAAAUUUUUGUUGAAAAAUACGAUGGAUCUUCUGUGUCAAAACAGAUCUCCACAAUCUGAACAACAUGUGUCUUGGACAUGAUGUACAUGCUCAAUAACACUUACCGGAGGUGGGGAAUCCAAUUCAUUCUCUCAGAUAGAAUGUAACUUAUGUAGGAUGUUUUAUGUACAUGCUGCAUAUCCAAAUCUCACCUGAUCCACUUAUCUAAUACUGCUUUAUUGUUAUAAUAUUAUGAUUAAUAUUAAUGGUAAUUUUUAUUUUUCAGUGUCUUUUUUUUGUUGUUGUUGCAAAUAUUGCUCUCUUCAUGGUCAUUUGCCACUUUCACUCACCCUUUAUAAUGUCUUAAUUUUUUUUAAUUAAGUUAAAUUAAAUAUGAUUAAUUACCAAUUACUAGUGCAAUGAAACGUCAGUCUUCUCAAGCAGAAUUUAACAACUCUUAAUAUAAGUUAUUUUAGUCAUGUCUGGGUAUUUCUAUUUUCUACUCAAUUAAAAAUAAAACACACAUACCCAUAUAAAUACACAGUGCAAUGGUAUAAAGGACUGUUGACUUGAUCUUCUGUUUUGUGCAUAACUGACUGUACUGCAUUCCCCUAAAGAAUGAUUGGUGUGCAUGAUGAAAUCUAUGAUUUUUUUUUUAACAAGGAGAGAAAU